CUUUAUUUUAAUGGGUAUAGUUUGUGGAUAAAAUCAAAAAUUUAAGUCUUAAGAGUUUUAUGCUUCAAGACCAUUGACUUAGACUAUAAAACAUGAAUAAGAAGAUGUUGAACACGAUGAUUAUGAUUAGUUGUUUUGCCCAUCCUUAACUAAAAAUUAUAUUUUAAAUCCAAAAUUUCUUUAUAUGUAAGAAUCAAAAUUGGAAAACGAAGUGUAACAUCAAAUCACUUAAAUUGAAUAAAACUCUUCUUAAUUGUCUUUGGGAAUUUAAAAUGAAUUUAGCAAUCCUAUUGAAAUUUAAGUAAAACAAAAAAACUAAAAUAAAUUGAAACCAGACAACUAAAAAAGAAUGAGUUUAGAGUAGAGAUAUAAAAUUGCAAUAUCACCUUCAUUAUAAAGAAAAAGAAAUAGCAACACAUCAAAAAGUCCAUUGGCAUAAAUAUUUUAAAGCUAAAAGCAUACAGCAAAGCAAAAAGAACAAUUUAUUCUUACAAAAGGAAAACAAAAAAUAUCAAAUAAACACUGA